AUGGAUCUGAGGUGUGGUACCUCAAUGCCUUCUGAUGUUACGGUCGUAAACCUAAAACACAUGGAAAGAAUGAUCAGUGACUCAGAGGAAAUAGCCCAGGUGGCUACUGUAUCAGAUUACUGGCGAAGGGGAAUUGGUGAGCUAAUUGCAAAGUCUAUGGAGAAGGUUGGUAAUGAGGGGGUUAUCACCAUUGUUGAUGGCAAUACUCUCCAUAAUGACCUUGAAGUUGUGGAAGGCAUGAAGUUAGACAAAUGUUACAUCUCUCCAUACUUUAUUGCCAUCCAAAAGUACCAGAAAUGUGAACUAAAUGAUCCCUUGAUCAAAGUGGUGGAGUUAGCUAAGAAGAAUAGAAAACAUCUGCUUAUUGUUGCGGAAGAUGUAGAAAGUGAAGCAUUGUAUACCUGGAUUAUUGACAAGCUUUGUGGACGUGUUAAGGUUGGCUUAGCUCUCUUUAUGCUUUCUUGCUCGGAUUUUUGUACAGAUUUAUUUAAUCAAAAAUCAAAAGCAGGUUAUAACUUUGAGCCUCAGACGCUUGGCACCCGCAAGAAGGUUACAAUAUCUAAGGAUAUUACCAUCAUUCUUGCUGGAGCUGGGGAUAAGAAGGCAAUUGAAGACAAGGCGGAUAAGAUUGAUGGCGCAAGUGAGCUUGGUGAGAAGAAGGAUGGAGUGACUGACGCACAAAAUUCAACCAAAGCUGUGGAGGGUACUGUGCCAGAUACUGCAUGUGUCACUUCUCUGACAAAGGUUAUAUUCAUCACCAAGUGUUGCAAAUCAUUAGCUGCUGGAAUGAAUGCCAUGGAUCUGAGACACGAUAGACCUAUUCUUCUGACUGAAUCGGGGAAAUUGCUUUCUAGAUCACUUGUGGAGGGUGUGCUUACUCUUCAUGAACACAACCUUUGCCUUAAACACAAGUUAGAUUUGGGUAGCUUGUUCGUUUCUUCAUUAGGGACUUUCAAACUUUCAAACCUCGAAACCAUUCCACUCACCGAAAAAAGUCAUUCCGAUGAUCUGUCUAAUGUGAGUAGCAUGUUAGAGGACAUGAUGAUAUUGGCCCAUGGGGAUAGAGUUGUGCAAUAUCUUCCAAAUGACUAUUCUGAUUUGAUCAGUGAUCUGAAGAACUCAAAUACAACAACUAAAUUUAUCAGAUACCAAAUGUACUCAUCUACCUACAACCAUACAACAAGAUUUUGA